CGCCCCCCGCGUUGUCUGUCCCGCGACUGCCGGCCAGGCCCGCGUCCAGCAGUGCCUUCAGCUCUGGUAGGCGGGAAGCAGCCAUAGACAACCAUAGAGGACGUGUGAAGAAAAGAAAAGCCGGCUGUGUUCUGCCUGUGGACACUGGGGACACGAGACGGCUGGCCUGAGACUGCUGGGAGCAGACACCAGCGGUGCUGGUGGGAAGCACCACGUCUGGCAUCAUGCAGCACCAUAUCCUGGCUGCUCUCCUCCUGCUGCCUGUGGCCACAGCAGUGCACUCUGACUGCAUCUUUAAGAAGGAACAAGCUAUGUGUUUGGAGAAGAUCCAGAGGGCCAACGACCUGCUGGGCUUGAACGAUUCCCUCCCUGGUUGCCCUGGCAUGUGGGACAACAUCACAUGUUGGAAGCCUGCCCACAUAGGCGAGAUGGUCAUUGUGAGCUGCCCAGAACUCUUCCGAAUCUUCAACCCAGACCAAGUUUGGGCGACUGAAGCCAUCGGGGAUUUUGAUUUUUCUCACAGUAACUCCUUGGAUCUUUCAGACACGGGGGUGGUGAGCCGAAACUGCACGGAGGAAGGAUGGUCUGAGCCCUUCCCUCAUUACUUUGAUGCGUGUGGGUUUGAUGACUAUGAGCCUGAGUCAGAGGACCAGGAUUAUUAUUACCUGUCGGUGAAGGCCCUUUACACAGUCGGCUAUAGCACCUCCCUCGUCACCCUCACCACCGCCAUGGUCAUCCUGUGUCGCUUCCGGAAGCUGCACUGCACCCGCAAUUUCAUUCACAUGAACCUGUUUGUGUCAUUUAUGCUGAGGGCCAUCUCCGUCUUCAUCAAGGACUGGAUCCUGUAUGCUGAGCAGGACAGCAACCACUGCUUCAUCUCCACUGCGGAAUGCAAGGCUGUCAUGGUUUUCUUCCACUACUGUGUUGUGUCCAACUACUUCUGGCUGUUUAUUGAAGGCCUGUACCUCUUCACCUUGCUGGUAGAAACCUUCUUUCCUGAGAGGAGAUACUUCUACUGGUAUACCGUCGUUGGAUGGGGGACCCCUACAGUGUGUGUGACAACAUGGGCCCUGCUGAGGCUGUAUUUUGAUGAUACAGGCUGCUGGGAUAUGAACGACAGCACGGCUCUGUGGUGGGUGAUCAAAGGCCCCGUGGUCGGCUCUAUAAUGGUUAACUUUGUACUUUUCGUUGGCAUCAUCAUCAUCCUGGUGCAGAAGCUUCAGUCUCCAGACAUGGGAGGCAACGAGUCCAGCAUCUACUUGUCUCUGGUUUUUUCCUCUGUUUCCAGAACAAAUUUAAGCCUGGGAGUCCCCAAGAAAACCCGAGAGGACCCCCUGCCUGUGCCCUCAGACCAGCAUUCACUCCCUUUCCUCAGCUGCGUGCAGAAAUGCUACUGCAAGCCACAGCGGGCUCAGCAGCACUCUUGCAAGAUGUCAGAACUGUCCGCCAUUACUCUACGGCUGGCUCGGUCCACACUGCUGCUCAUACCACUCUUUGGAAUUCACUACACGGUAUUUGCCUUCUCUCCAGAGAACGUCAGCAAGAGGGAAAGACUCGUGUUUGAGCUGGGGCUAGGCUCCUUUCAGGGCUUUGUGGUGGCUGUGCUUUACUGUUUCCUGAAUGGGGAGGUGCAGGCAGAGAUCAAACGGAAAUGGCGGAGCUGGAAGGUGAACCGUUACUUCACCAUGGACUUCAAGCAUCGGCACCCGUCCCUGGCCAGCAGUGGGGUGAAUGGGGGCACUCAGCUCUCCAUUCUGAGCAAGAGCAGCUCCCAGCUGCGCAUGUCUAGCCUCCCGGCUGACAACCUGGCCACCUGAGCCCUAGCCCACAUUCUUCACAGGCAGGGGCUGCAGGCAAGUGCCUGCGUGUGUUCAUGCCUCUCCUCUCCCCUUGGGCAGGCCCUGCGUGGGAAGUUGGGCUCCUUCCAAGGGGGAAGAGAGAGGAGGGUGUAGGCUGAUAUUGUCCCUCCUCUUUGGGUACUAGCCCCACCCACCAUGUUUCCCUGGACCCUGAUUUGUCAUGUAAAUACACCUCAAAUUUGGAAAGUCACCCUUCCCCUUCCCAUUCCACCUUGCUCAUCUUGGCCAGGCUCCAGUUCUGUCUGCUGUGUCUAGGCCAGCUCCAGCGAUGGCCUGACCUUGGACACGAGGCCUUGUGAGUGGAGGCUGAAACACCUGCUUUGAAGAGGCUGGGGUGGCAUCCAUCCCCACAGUCCCUCACUGUGUGACUUUGGACUUAGGUUCUUCUCAAUCUGGGUCUGGUCCUGCAGCCAGCCAGGGAUCCAUAUCAGUGACCAGAACAACUUUUAAAGCAGGUCAACCUGAGAUUUUCUCUUGCUCACCUGGCACUGAAUUGCCCCUGUACCCAUCUCUUGGAUACCAGGACAGUGGGAUAGCUUGAGGACUCUUCCAGUCAAAGGCCUUAACUGCAGGGGAUGGGCUGUGGGCAAGGGUUGGGAAAGGUUCUGGUGCUUUUUAUUUGAUCCAAGAAGAGUUGAAAGCCAGAAAUGCAGAUACAAUUGGGAAGGAGAUGGAAAAGUAUGGGAGACCCAUGGAAGAAGAGCUUACCAUCUCCAUGACUAUGCUCCUGAUUCAAGACAGGUUCAUGUGGUGGUACCUUUCUGCCCUUCCUGCCCCUAGAGGAUGCCCUGGAGAGGCUGCUCCCCAACCACACCCACCACACCCAUCCCUUCAUCCCCUUCCCAUUUCUUCCUAAGUCGAAGCCAUGUCUAGGAUGAACCAGCCGCUUUCCUGUGAUGUUAGUGGGCUACGAAGCACCAUACAUCUUCAUGAGCCAAGUCCUGAGCCCCAGAUUCCCACACUCCUCACCACCACAGAUGAUGAGGAAUCCCAGACACAGGCUCCACAUACCUGGACUCAGCUACUAGAUUCUCUGAGAUGUCUCCAAUCUGUCCUCAUGUGCCCUUGAUAUUGAAUCACUGUGUGUGUCCUGUGGUGUUCAGUGGCGAUGUCAUGCCUGCAGUGUGUAUUAGCAGGAGCUGCUGGUGAAUGGAGCAGUGGUUCCCCAGCUUCAAGUUGCACAGCCACAGUCUAAGAAUUAAAAACAGGGCCAAACCAGGUUCAGGAAGGUAGAGGAAAGAGCUGGAGUGCCAUGUCCCCACGUGGCCCAGUUCAUUACAUUCACAAUUGCUGUCUUGAUGUUGGUGGGCUUGCUUCCCAGUCAUGCUCUGGAGUGCUUGGGGAGUUUGGGUGCAGAGGAGUGCUGUAUCACUUGGCUUUAUAAAGUUAACAAACCCUGGGAGCUUUGAACAAUGUUAUUGGAGGGACCUUCAGAAUGAUGGGAGAAGAUUCUAAUUGCUCUGAUUUAGAGAUUAGUUCUGUGACUUUGGCCAGUGAAGUAAAUCCUUGGGCCUUUGGAAAAGCCAGAGGGAUAAAGGAUUUCUACCCUUUUCCAAGCAUGUUCUGUGAGUUGGACUGGCCAUGGGGUGUGCAAUGGUUCCUCUACCCUGCACUUGACCUUGUGACCCAUCCCUUUGCUCUGGGAUCAGGUUUAUCAGUCCACCAAGCAUCUGCAAAUGGCUUUGCAUUCUGAAUGCGGCUAGGGGGCCUGUGCAGCUGGGAAGCAGCAUGACAGGGGCUCAGGGCUGGGCCAGACUUCUGUGACUGUGGACACGAGGCUCCUACUCUGGGCUUCAGCUUCCCCAUUUGUGAGAUGAGAUGGCUUCUGAUGCUUCUCCAGGCUCUUAACUUUAGGAGUUUUCCUGUUCUAGCUAAGGCAGGUAGAACAGCAUGGUCCUUGUUUAUAUAAUAUGAGGUGUGUGUGUGUAUGUAGGUGAGGGGGUGAAAUUCUGUUCAUUUUCCCUGUCUUAGAAACCAAACUUCAUUCUCUUCCAUUUGGCACCACAGUGGAUUCUGGGAGAGUAGAGGGAGCUCAGGCCGUGAUCAUUUGAACAAGGUCUUGGGCGUGAUGUACAGGUCACAAGUUGCCCAUGGCAUCCCUGGUUCAAGGCAUGGGCCCUAUGGUCUGAACCCUGUCCAUUUGUUAUUGCCCCUCCUACCAGCAAGUCUGCUUCACUGUGGAUAAAGAAACUGACUUUAUAGAUACUUCAUUGCAAAACAGCAAAACAAGAUCAACCCUGAAUUGCCCCAGGUAUGCUAUUUCCUGAGCCCUGUGUCCUCUAGGCCUGGUCCUUUCUGUUCCUUUUCUUUUCCUGUCUAAAUGAGUGUGUGCUUUUUCUUGUGAGUAGAUGUACCCACAGAUGCUGUGUGCCCCAGGACACUCUGACUUCUGUCACAGGUGGUGAAGGGAUAGCAUUAGGCCUGGGAAAAUCCUUCUGUCCUUGAACCUCUUUUAGGUGUAGACUGAGCAGUAAUACUGGGUAGUUUUUAUAGACCUGGUACAUCCCUGGGCUUCUCUGUAAACACCAGCCAUUUGCUUGAAUGGACCUCAGGCAAGGCUGUGGUAAUGUUUGGACAGGAAAAGCAGAAACAGUAAGAAAUUCUACCUGGAGUCCAGCUCAUGCUGUCUGUCGGGGUGGGGGUGAGGUGGGGGGGAUUGUUUCUAGGACACAGGGGCUUAUUCUAUAAACUCUUUGAAGACAGACCUCAUCCUUUGAAGGCCCACUAUUAAGUGAGGACAUCGUUUGCCUUAUGUCAUGACUGUUCAGCCAUAGGACAGGCGAGCAUUGCCAGGAGAGGGUCUCUAGUCCUAAGGGAAAUGAGUCUCAUAGCAGGGAUACCUAGGAUACCAGGGAGCCAGUGGAAUUUAGGGAAUAGUCCCCAACACUGCAAACCUCAGAAUCCUCCACACUUGAGGCCUGACCACAGUCUCUGGCUCAGUGGGCAGCAUUGUGGUCAUCUUUGAUAUGCCCAGGGGCCUCAGUGUUUCCUAACCCCAUCUCCUUGAACUAGGUUCUUUAGGGAGUAACUGGAGCUGAGAGGUUGAGGAGAGGCCAGAGCCAGAAAUACUCCUGCUAUUAACCUCCCUCCCAAGGCCUCUGUACUUUGUUCUGUCCCCCUCUCUUUCUGGGAUGAAAAACUAGGAGAGGCUCUCCUUUUAAUUCCUUGAGUACCCUUACCCCCUCAAAGACAAAGUAGCAAGUACUUUGGCAUGGCAGAGUCUACUUAAGUGAAAGGAGCCUGGAGACUAUCUGGAAGAGUCUCAGGCAGGGAGCAUGGGACUUGGGUUUUUCCCAACUUUCCCACAGACCUACUUUUUGACCUUAACUCAGUACCCACAUAUCUUUGGGGAGACUUGGGGAUGCCAGGCAAACCUCCCCUGUGGUUAGAUGAGGAACAGGUGGGUGUGACAGGUGGGUGUGACAGGUGGGUGUGUCUGAAUGAGGAAGAGUCCCAGUCAGUAUUGCAUAGCUGUACAUGCAAGCCAGAGCAUAUCACUCAAAGCAGCCAUCAGCCAUGUGGUGGACAUCACACUGUGUACCAGAGGAGCCCUGCCUAUAGAAUUCCACACUACACAAGAAGCAGUGGAAUUGGUAUGGUAUGGAAAGACCUAAUUGCUAACUUGGGCUGCUUGUGGGACCCCCAUACUUACCCUCCUACCUUAGAUCUGAGCAGUGGAGCAGUCAUGGUUGCAUCAUUUUCCCCUUAGCUAGGGAUGAGGUGGAAUUGAGAUGUCCCUCUGUAUAUUUACAAGCUCCAGAAAUCACAGAGAUGUGUCUUAUUCCUGGGGUGAAGACCUAUGAAAGCAAUUCUUUGUGGUUUAUCUACUGCCUUGAGCCUCCUGGAUUAACUUUUACCCAAUUUGUAAAACCACCAGCACUUUACUCGCAGUAAAGGGGAGGCCAGAGGGCUCUGGUGUACACAAAGUUCCAGCAUUACCUUCAGCUGAUUCAGUUUGCUCUUGAGGUGAGGAUGGAGAAAAUUCUAUGUGGGCGCUGUAUGUCCACACUGUCUGCCUGGGAGCCCUUCAAGGAUCUGGGCCUUUCCUGUAUGCUGUUCCUUCUCCUUCGCCUUAGCUCCAGGUCCUGUACUGUGUCUGUACUCAGUCAUUGUGUCUUGUCUAAUGUGUGUUUUCUGAGGCUUUGCAGCUGUCAGAGCUGGAGUGAUAUAACCUUUGGCACCCCAGAUGUGGCUCCACGCCCAUUUGUGGGAGCUGGACCAGCCUCAGUUUCACCUCUCACAGUGUCCCACGGUAAAGAUAAGUCCCACGGACCUUACUGCUACUGCUGCCACCAUUAAUGCUGUGCUCACAACCUUGUCUGGGAUUUUAAGGAUGUCAAAUUGCUCUAGGUGACUCAUAAAUGUCUUGUUAUUUUUCCUGGUGGCUGUAAGUUGGUGAAAGUGGAGGGCAGGGAGGAGGGAAGAGAUGGGGAGGGGAUACUUCAACUCUGAUUACUUCAGACUAAUCCAGUGCCAGUACCCUGUGGCUCUUUGGGUUCCCAGGGAGAGAGAUGAGGUGGCCUCACUGGGCUAAGAAUGGACUGAAAAAUGGAGAAGGUUUGGCAUGAAAACCUUCAUAUGAUAUGAAUAGUCGGGAUCACUUGGACUUCUGGACAUGGAAGUGGCUCACUCAAAGUCUCUGAUGGCUCAUGAUCUUCAUGUAGUUGUGUACCAGAAGUCCCAAAGCUUGGAUGAAGGAAGUAUUUGUCCCAGCUCAGCACAGGUUUGUCCUUGGCUGCCAGAAUUCUACUCCUGGACCCUUGUAGAGAGUCAGGGACAUCUACCCCUGCCACAUCAGAUAACCAAUUUAGGUAAGUCAUAUUUUUGAGGUUCUAUUGUCAGAACUCUUAGGCACAUUUUAAGCUGGUCAUAUUUUUAAUUGCCAGGAACAGAAAACAGUUUGGGCUGUCAAGUCAGAAAUUAAGUUUCUGAAAAAGAUUGUGGGCCGUUACGGGUAGAGAAAUCAGAGAAUGGAGGUUGGCGUCACUCUUACUACACAGUACUCAGGGAGGCCUUGACAUCAUGAUCCUUCUGCCUCAGCAUCUCAAACUCAUUGUGCGACUCAGAUUGGCCUGAAUCCCCAGCACUUGUAAGGUUAAGAUAGGAGGAUCCAGGGAGUUUAAGACCAGAAUUGGGUGUUGUGGGGCACAUCCAUAAUCCAGCAUUAGUGAGGCUGAGAGGAUCAUUUAAUUUGAGGCCAGCCUAGGUUACACAAUGUAAACCUGUCAAAAAGAAAAAGAAGGGAGAGGAAGAGAAAUGAAAGAAGGCUGAGGAAAUAACAGUGGAAUGAUGACAAUGUAUAAUAAACACAUAAAACAUG